GCUUAACUUUCGAAGUCCCAAUCGUGGUUGAAUCGAUGCUCCUUGAGAGUUCUGCUGGGUGCGCGGCAAUUGGUGGUGCCAAUUGAGUCCCACCUCAGAAGCAGUGUUUGGAGGUUCUCCGCAGUUCUGCAGGAGGUAAUUUUCUCGGUCCUCUUCUUGUUGUGACGGUUCGGGUGUUUUUCGGCUUCCUCGUCUUUUUCUUCUUGUUCGGUUGUUGAGGGUCACACACGUGUGUGGCUGGCGGUGCUUUGAAGGUCGCAGGAAUCUGUCCCUUCUCGGGGGUCCUUCCUCUGGUGCGGUUGGACUUACUAAUCUGCUUAUUUUCUUUACGGAUGAAGGAAGGAAGUCUUUCGGAAACACUAGUGUGUGGUGUGGAUUGCACAUUCUUCCAUGUUGACUGCCGUGUGAUGUCUUGGAAGUCAGCGCCUACCAAUUAGUAAGAGCUGUCGUUGCGGAGAAGAACUUCUUGGAAGAAGGUGACUUUGAUUCGUUCGUGCGAAGUUUGUGGGGAGCUGCCGAAUAAAACCACAAGAGAUUAAUGAUUUCCUUGCUAGUUACCAUGUGUGACGGGGAGGGUUCAAGUGAAAUUGAUCACGAUUAACCGUGUGUGGGGUGCAAAAGUUCGGUUGAGUGUGUUUCGAGGGUUGCCGUAAAGUUGCAAUUUUUGGUGAACGGCUGUGACUUCUGCAGCCGCAAUCAAGAUGCUUUCUUCGUGUUCAAGUUCUCGCCAACCAGCAGUGGCGCUUUCAAAAGGGACGCGUUAAUCACUUUUUUUAUAUCUAUCUUGUAGCCGCAUUCACAAGUGUUGUUGAAAGGAUCUGUCGCAGCCGGGUGGAAAUCCCACACAUACCGAAGAAUAUGUUGAAUGAAAAUCGCUUGACAAUUUGGCCCGGAUCCGUACGAGCUGAAGCUGGCUGAACAAGUGCUUGCUGCCUAAGAAAAGGCGUCCUCUUACCCGACAAGCUUUCGUCGAGAGGCUCUUUUUUGUGUGUGACGGAUCUUCCUGAAAGGUACGAGAAGCGUUUAGCUUCCAGUGAAACGUGUCUGCGGUUUUUCCAUAUUGAGUCGCCUAACCAGGUCCUUUCAUUCGGUCCAAGUGAUAUUUCGUGCACGACACAGGUGAGAAGGAACCACAAAAUCUCAACGAAUUCUUCGCUUUGCGGUUUAUAUGUGUCAUCAUCAGGCCCAGCGCCGAUUUUUGUUCAAGGAGAGUGAAUUUUCGUGUGAAGGUCGUCGAGGAACGCGCGCUCCUCAGAGGCAAAAAUAGCCUUUUUCGGUGCUCCUUCCUCCGUUUUCCAACCUCUAACCAUUUUUCGACUCUUUCCGGGUUGACGACACCGCAUUUUCCAAAGUGGGCUGGAAAAGUGAAAGUAAAUCCUUACGUUGCGUGAUAAAACCGGCACCUUCAACGCAUAAGGGGAGGCUAAAAAAGGAAAGUGGCGCCAGUGAAAAAACCAUAAAAAGGUAAUCAUAAAAAUCAGAAUUUAUUCCCAACAGCGCACAUCAACGGAAGGAAAGUUCUGAAGAAAAAAAAACACAGCAGUGAGAAUUAGUGCUGGGAAAAUGUAAAAACCUUGGCCAAUGGCUUUGUGGAAGAAGAAAAUGUAAAAAAUAAGAUUCAAUAUUUUGUGCAGUGGGCCACGAAAAAUUGAGGCCAAGUUGUUGCAGUCAAAUCACCUGAAAAAUUGAAGUUGAUUUUUUUUUCGAUUGUUGAGGUAUAGUUGUUGUAGAUGUGUUGUAGUGCUGUGUUGAGCGUUUAGCGGGAAAAAGAUUACCUACCCUCAUUUUUCACUCGCUAAUGUUUUGUAUUUUGCUACCGCGCUGCUGAUAAAAAGUGCCAAAACAGAGCAGCAGAGCACUGAAGAAAAAUUGUGUUCUAAGGACAAAUUUCCGUUGUCAGACAACCGGAAAAACUAACCUGCCAGCCAGGACGACAACGAUGUGGCAGCCAAUGUUCUCAUAAACUCAGCAAAGUUAGCAUAAGCCGCGACUUUAACAUUGGUGUAUUCUUGGAGAAAGAACUGCCAUCGGGGUUUUUCGUAGUGUAAAAAUUUCAACACUGCGAUAGAGUAAACAGAAUAAGUUGUUUAGAAACGGAACUAAUGGUAUGGAUCCAAUCACUGCUGAAACAACCUGUUCCUGAGAACGGCAACUUGCGGUCCAUGUGGUUAUAAAGAUCUUCAAAGCAGGUGCCCCGAGCAUCAUCAAAUAUCCUGCCCGGCAUAAGUAAACAACAAUUGGCAUCGCCCCUCGCCCAAAAAGGAGACAGAGGCAACAAAGCGCCGUGCGGAAGUAACGAAGCUCCAAAAGCUAGGCGGACUCCGGAAAACCAGCAGGAAGUCCAUCCCCGGCCGAGUGACGGUCAUUAGCCGCCGCUAACAAGCCGAUUCUGAAAAGCAGCAUUUUUUUCUCAGUUUGUUAUUAUUAUUAUCAUACUCGGCGAUAUUUUUCCACCGACCCGGUUUCUGGGCAAAGGAGGACGCAGCUACAGGGCGGUUGCGACAAUUGCAUCACAAAAGCAGUAGGAUAUCAGCGUGUCGUCGAAAUUUGGAACCCGCUGACUUGGGGAGGGUCCUUCUCCUGGCAAACAUCCGAACCGGAUUUGGCGCAUACGGUUUUUGCUGGUCUCUGGAGCCACGACCACAAUAGCCAUGAUGACCAUCAAAAAGUUGGAAUUUAUACGAAAAUUAAUGAUCAUUAAAUCAAAAUUGAAGUUUGGGUGUUGAGCGGUGGGUUUUUUGUUGUUGUUACUUUUCCUAUUGGUGGUGGCAGUCAGAAAAAGGUUUCCGCGAAUAAAUUUGCAAGUUCAGUGUUGCAGCAACCGAGGGGUGCUCGAUUGUUCCGCCCGAAAAAAGGGUUCUCCAGUAAGUGUGCUUUAUACUUCUGUUUAUUUUUCCUGUACCGCCUCUUGAAAGAGGGUGUGGGGAAAACAACGGAACGGAACCAUCGAGUCGAAUAGCUGCUGAAAAGUUCAAAAGUAAUGAGUGUAAUUAAAAAUAAUUUUCCUAGUCGAGUGCUGUUGAGGGCAGCUGCUGGUGGUGUCAGUUAUGAAGGUGCUUCACAUUAAAUGGAAGCGCAAGAAAUGAAGUGUAUGGCCAGGGCUCUCUAUUUUGUUCUGUCUCUCUGGCCGGGCGACGCUUCGAGUGGGUGUCCAUGAGCAAUAAAUGUUGAAUCUAAUCGCCACCGAGAAGUGUUUUAACGAUCAUAAACGGUGUGCUACGGAAACGUUGGCUAAGAGCCUUUAUAAAUAAGCGUUGUGGUUGUGAGGCUGAGUGAUCCAUUCGUGAAUGUGUGGUAUCUUCUAGUCAUAUUUAGGGUUAAUAAAAGAAAAAAAACCUUUCACUGCAAAAGAAAGGUCAGAUCUUGGGUAGUAUAGCGUCAAGUGUCGAGUGAUGAAUCCUUCCAACGAUGCUGAUCUACCGAAGUUCAUGUACUCAGCGGCUUUGGCACUCGCCAGUAGCAGUAACAGUAAUCCAACGGAGGAAUCUUCCGGCAAGGUGGGAAGAUCCUCAGUGCUCCUCAAUGGAACAUCGGCGCUGGCAUCGGCGGCGGCCAAAGCUGUGGCCUCGGCAUCGGAUUCGACCGUUGACGUUCUGGGAGGAAGUGGCCCAGGACGAGGGAGCGAUCCGACGGCUGCCGGAGGUAAUCUUAUCCUGCGGGGUUUCGGCAGUACCAAUGUAAUACCGACGAUGGAUUCCCUGGAUGUUUCCGGGGGGACCAAUCAAAGUCUGGAAGCAGUAGCGGCCGCGGCCGAUUCUGCCGAUGGCGAGUGGCUCGAUGUGGUGCUGCUGGUGCUGAAGGCAUCUAUAAUGAUGUUCAUUAUAGUGGCAGCUAUCUUCGGAAACCUGCUCGUUAUCAUAUCUGUUAAGCGACAUAGGAAAUUAAGAGUUAUAACCAAUUACUUCGUGGUAUCACUCGCCAUGGCCGACAUUAUGGUGGCGAUGAUGGCCAUGACAUUUAAUUUUAGUGUACAAAUUACGGGAAGUUGGAAGUUUGGGUCCUUCAUGUGCGACGUGUGGAACAGUUUGGAUGUGUACUUUUCGACUGCCAGUAUAUUGCACCUGUGCUGUAUAUCGGUGGACAGGUAUUAUGCGAUAGUGAAACCACUUAAGUAUCCGAUAAGCAUGACGAAGCGAGUCGUAGCCAUAAUGUUACUCAACACCUGGAUAUCACCAGCCCUGUUGUCAUUCGUGCCAAUCUUUGCCGGUUGGUACACCACCGACAAGCACCGGGAGGACGUUCUGAACAACCCAGACAGCUGUCUGUUCAUCGUGAACAAACCUUACGCCGUCAUUUCCAGUUCGAUAUCGUUCUUCAUCCCGUGCACGAUCAUGGUGUUCACGUACUUCCAGAUCUUCCGGGAAGCGAACCGGCAGGAGAAACAGCUGGCCAUGCGCCAGGGCACUGCCAUGCUGAUGCACCAGCACAAUGCCGGCGGAGGAGGUCCUGGAGGAACGAACGGCGAAGCACUGAGCGGAUCCGGAUCCUCGAAAACGCUGACGAUGCACGAGGUGGACGCCGAGCAGACGCCCACCAAGGAUCGACAUCUGAUCAAAAUGAAACGAGAACAUAAGGCUGCCCGUACGCUCGGAAUCAUCAUGGGGACCUUCAUCCUCUGCUGGCUUCCGUUUUUUCUAUGGUACAUCAUCACGUCGUUGUGCGAUUCGUGUCCCAACCCGGACAUCGUGGUCGUGCUGGUCUUCUGGGUUGGCUACUUCAACUCGACGCUCAACCCGCUGAUCUAUGCGUACUUCAAUCGGGACUUCCGGGAAGCCUUCCGGAAUACUCUCGACUGUAUCUUCUGCGCUUGGUGGCGUCGCGACACCUCGCCCAUGGACAUCAACGUGCGGCGCUCCAGCCUGAGGUACGACUGCCGGGCGAAGAGCGUGUACUCGGAGAGCUAUCUGAGGCCUUCGCCGGGCGAUCGGUUCAACAGCGAAGUCGGCGAAAGCCUCUAAUGUCUCCUGCGGCCGGGUGCACGCGCGAACAACCCUCGUCCAUCGGUUUCCUCGUCGCCCCCGGUUGAGUUUGUUUAAAGCUGUUCCUUGUGGUUUUUUUUUCUUUAUCAAGUUUCCGUUCAAUCAUUUCGAUAUAAGUAGGAAAACAAUCGGUGUUCGUUUCUCCCUAAAGAUAAAGCAGUUUAAUCCAGGCUGAAAAAAUGGAAGAGUGAACGUCCUUUCAAUUUUAUAUUGAUUCAAUUGCCAGCAUAAAACGAAACAGUUUAAAUUUAUUUACGAUUGAGCAUUCCUGUUGAGAUUAAUUAUAUGACGCAUGUUAAGCAAACAUUCGACCAAAAAUUCACAUAGGGUUGAAAAGUUGCCAAGUGCAUCUGCAACUGACUCUUCCGGUUUUCCGAGGUCAUGUCAACGAAAAGCUGGAAGUCGUUCCGGGACAUGGAAUUUCAUUACCAUAACCGAGUUUCCACCCCCAAAUUUACGCUAUUUGUUUUGAUGUCGGACAGAACAAAAUGAAGGCAGAUAAAAAAAAUAUUUUCCGGUGGCAGUCCAACUGACACGACAACUUCGGUUUUAUUUUUUUGUAGUUUGUCCCUGGAAAAAUCCGUUUCGCUAGACAAGUCAUAAAUAAAUUCAAGUCAGUUGAGCCUUAUGGAGGGACAUUAUUGGCGAAUGAAUUUACUUUCUUGACAGCGCACUUCUUGAUUUUCCAUAUGUGGUGGAAACAUUAAUCUUCAUAGAAUUCGGAUAAAAUGUGCCAGCCAGUGGUUUUUUUUUAUAUUUUUUUUUAAACUUCAGUCGUUAUGAGCUGUUAAUUGUUUAUUUAAAAAUUAAAUUUCAAGAUUCGAAAAUAAAACGCCAAA